UUAAGAAAACAAAUUCCCUAAAAUUUCGGCAGCAUAUUUUUUUCAGAUGAUUUUCUUCUUUGCUCAAAAAUGGAAUCCAAAACCCUAACGAUCAUCAAAGCUGGAAAACAGCUGCUCCCCAUGUUCAACUCUCAUCGGGAAAUGUUUCAACCUGCUAAAGCAUUCCAUUUUUUCUUGGUUCUGUCUUGUACCCCUUUUUGCUUAAUUAUAUGUGAACCAUGUGCUGUGAAUGGGAUGCCAAAAACAGAUGAAUUCAAGGGGUGUGAAAAAUAUGGAGAUACUCAAUAUGUUGGUUUUCAAGAAUCUAUUAUCAGUGAUAUACAUCCGGGCGAUGAUACUGGAACUUCUAUGACUGGUUUAAGUGUUGAGAGUGUAUGCACCAAUUCUCGUUCGUUCUGUUUUCCUUCAACAUUGCCUGGGUUUUUGACUGAAGAGACUACGCUUGAAGUAGGUGGUUUAGAAGUGUCUAGGACUCAGUCUGAUAGUGUGUCAUCUCAUGUAGAACAAAGUAAUCUUAGGAGGCAGACAAGUAACAGAAGUUGGUUAUCUAACCAUAGUAUGUUUAAAUUAUUAAAUGGUCGGACGGUUUCAUGUUCUUUAUAUUCAAGAGCUGGCAUCCAUGAGCUUUCGUCAGUUCAUACUGAUGGUGCUAAUCAAAAUGAUAUUUCUUCAUGUAGAGAACCUUUACUAGGUCAGAAGAGUGCAAGUAUUAGUAUGAAAAAGCACAAAGAGGUGACAGAAAUGGGUUCUUUUGACAGUUUAUCUUCACCUAAUGUACAGAUCAAUCCAUCUAUAAUGGAUUGGGGACGGAAAUUUUUAUUUUUUCCUUCAGUGGCUUACUUGACAGUGGCAAAUACAUGCAACGAAAGCAUUUUACUCAUUCAUGAACCAUUCAGCACCAAUAUACAGUUCUAUCCCUGCAAUUUUAGUGAGAUUUUGCUUGGACCUGGUGAAGUAACUUCAAUAUGUUUUGUAUUUUUACCUAGAUGGGUGGGGAUGUCAUCAGCUCAACUUAUUUUGCAGACAAGCUCUGGUGGUUUCCUGGUUCAGGCUAAGGGAUUUGCUGUGGAAUCCCCUUACGAAAUUCAGCCAUUACUAAGCCUGGAUAUUCCUUCUAGUGGGCAGUUGAGUAAGAACUUGUCUUUGUUCAAUCCUUUUGAUGAAACCCUCUAUGUGGAAGAAAUAACUUCAUGGAUGUCAGUUUCUCUUGGGAAUUCUACCCAUCAUACUGAAGCUGUUUGUAGUAUAGAAAACUUCAAGGGCUAUAGUGGGGAAAGCUUACUUGGUGCUGAAGAUUGGAUGGUCAUGAACAGUGGUAAAUAUGGUUUUCCACUUAUGGUUAUGAGGCCAAGCAGGAAGUGGGAGAUUAACCCUCAAAGCAGUGAAACCAUUGCAGAGAUUGAUUUAUCCUUUGAAUCAAAAGGAAAAUUUUUUGGUGCUUUGUGCAUGCAGGUACAGAGGUCUGCACAAGACUCUUCUGAUAUAGUCAUGGUUCCUCUUGAAGUUGAUUUGAGUAGGAAAGCAUCCUAUGAUGACCGUGCAAGUUCUCUUUUAGUUUCUCUUGAAGCAAUGGUGCCGUAUGAUGGCAGUGAAACUGUUUCUGUGGCUAUCACUUUGAAAAAUUCUGCUCCUUAUGUGCUGAGUUUUGUCAAGAUUGAUGAAGUUGCAGAUGCCAAGGUUUUCCACAUCAAAUACAUGGAAGGGUUGCUGCUCUACCCUGGUGCUGUUACACAGGUUGCAGUGGUUGCUUGCACUAAACUACCAGUUGAAAUUCAUGAUUCUUCUUCUGAAGUAUCCAACAUGAUCAGCAGUUGUAAAUUGCUUUUAAUGACAAAUGAGUCUAUUAGCCCUCAGAUUGAAGUUUCUUGUGAGGAUAUAAUCCAUAUCUGUGUGGAACAUUGGAAAAAUUUAUCGAUGGUAUAUGAACGUCUGUCUGAAAAGGUUAAAACUGGCAACACAAGGACAGUAUCCUUGAGUGAUGGCAUGCAACUGACAUCUCCGGCCAAGGUGUUGCAGAUGGCAGAAGUGGAUGAAUUGGUACUUGGAAAUUGGAAAUCUCAAGGUACCGCAGGUGGCAUGUCAGUGCUUGGUGAUCAUGAGGUUCUGUUUCCAAUGGUUCAAGUUGGAAGUCACAGCUCCAAGUGGAUCACUGUGAAAAAUCCUAGCACACAGCCAGUUGUAAUGCAGCUCAUUCUUAACUCGGGAGAAAUCAUUGACGAAUGUAGGAACAAAGAUGUUUUUAUGAUGCCCCCUUCUGGUAGCUUGGCUCACAAUUCAUCUCCAAUGCCAAUGAGAUAUGGGUUCUCCAUAGGAAAGAGUGCAACAACAGAGGCCUAUGUUCAUCCUAAUGGUAAAGCAUCUUUUGGGCCAAUUUUGUUUCACCCUUCGAAUCGAUGCGGGUGGACAAGUUCUGCACUGAUAAGGAACAACCUUUCUGGUGUUGAGUGGUUAUCUUUGAGGGGAUAUGGUGGAUCUAUUUCUCUAGUUCUGUUUGAGGAUUCAGCGCCCAUCGAGAGUGUAGAGUUUAUCCAUAGCUUGCCAACUUCUCUGAACAUCUCUCCUCCACAAACGUUUUUUCACGUGGAAGAGACUACUAAUGCAUGUUCUCAGCCAUUAUCAAAAGAACUUUAUGCCAAGAAUACCGGAGAUUUGCCACUUGAGGUUAAAAGCAUUGAGGUUUCUGGGACAGAGUGUGUAGUUGAUGGUUUUACAGUGCAUAGUUGUAAAGGUUUCUGUCUUGAACCUGGAGAGUCUAUGAAGCUUUUGAUAUCAUACCAGUCAGAUUUUCAGCAGCUUUGGUACAUAGAGAUCUUGAACUGGCUUCAGCUACAGGCAUUUUUGUCAUACCCAUGAAGGCAACUCUACCUCUGCAUAUGCUAAAUCU